AUGCAACGCCUCUGCUUGUCGUCGAUCACAUACUCAUAAAAUCAUCCCUAACCCUACCUGCCUCCGACCUCGUGUUUAAUUCUAUAUUUAGCGCACAAGUCUCUCUCGUGGGUUGACGGCGAUACCGAAAACGGGAAUCAACCAUCCAGAUCCGGAGUACAUCGACGAGCUGUGUACUAAGCUUGGUUGUCUUGAAAAAUCUUCGACACUAUCAAAUCGCCUACGCUUAUCGGUCGUACUGCGUACCCUCUGUCUCAUGUAGGAACACGUCGUCGAGCGAGUUACAACCCCCCCCUUUCCCCCCGGUCAUUCGGCACAAGCACGGCGAUGCAUCCUACUCGGACAACGGGUGCCUAUCGCACAAUACUAUGGGCCUAUACGUGCCUCCUGGCGCAGUUGGUGGACGGACGAUGGCGUCGGGUUCCAAAGUGGCGGGGCGGAGAGGCCCUGUUGGUGCCUAGCUACUGUAACCCUGCCAUGGUCCUACGGCUUUACACGAGAUUUCAGUCUGCCCAUCGCUGCCUCAAGCAUCUCGGCUGUGUUUCCUUCUUCUCCUGUGAUAGACCCUCGUAGCCCUCUCUCGUCUGUCGGUUUAAUUUCGGCCACUAACACCAAGUAAACCGACCCUUUCUACACUCAUAUAUGCCUACCUAGCCAUAAUUCUCCGAAUAGACCUGUCGUAUUCACCAUGGUAGCGCUUGUCGAUCUCCCGUACGAGGUGCUCCAGCUCAUCGCCGGCAAGUGUUCCGCCCUCGACAUCCUAGCCCUCGGUAGGACAUGUCGACGUCUCAGGGACGCGUGCGACAGCGCUGCUGUCUUCCUCAUGUCCUUCGAACACCACCUUCCCGAACUUAGCUCGACUGCGUUCGAAGAUGGGAGGGCCUUGGUGCGGUUCAUGAAGAAAUAUGUCGACGGCCCACGCACGCCCUGCCAGCGUUUCGAGGGCCCGAAGAUGACCUGGCUCUGUUUGGCUGUGGCCAUUUGCCGACUUCCCAUCGUCCUACAGGAAUUGGAACAUCAGCAAUCGAGUGUCAUAGCUCGCACGAAGCCCGAGCCCCAGCAGCUGGACCAGGUCACGAAAGAAUCUCUUCAAGGAAUCGUCGGCUUCCUUGCUACUCUUCCGAUCUGGGGUUACCCGACAGCGUGUAACUCGGAAAUUGCUACCAUUCUCGAUGGCUUCUGCCCUCUUUUCUUCUCGCCAUCGGCACAGUACGAGCCGCUAAGGAUCAAUCGCGCAUUUCGAGACGAGUUCCCCAUGCAGUUCGCGUUCUGCUUAGCUUUGUGCAGCCUCCGGCAUAUAUCCGGCGAGGAUGGUCCGGGACGCACCAGCCUGCCUCCGGUCAGCUCGGGGCUUCUCCUUAUGCUCGUCAAGCGCCACUACGAAGGUACGGCGCUGGGACCCGACUUUGAGAAGUUCCGGGGGUCGUGGAUAGGCAAACAGACGCAUGCACUUCUGCUCAUCCUGCUCGUCUCUCGGAAUAUAUACCAUGUGUCGCAAGUGCGGCCCCAACUCCCGGACCCGCGCAAGGUAGAAUACAUCGGCUCGUGGUACUUUGCGGGCGACCAGAGAGACGAUGACGAACAUGAGGCCUUCGCAGGAGCCGGAUCUCUCCGCCCCCGGUUUCCCAUCCUCACGCCUAACCGCAUUGCUUUCGGCGGAGAAAGGGGCCGCUAUUUCUACCCUUUCGCUGGCGAUGAAUGGUGGUCGUGGUAUACGACACGGGUCCGCGAUCUCGUAGGACGGCUGGACGAGGGAGAGUGGUGCGGCGCCUACACGUACGGCUUGUACCUGGGAGGGCGGAUGGACCCCCCAAUGCAGAAGAUACGUUUCCGCAAGACGGAGAUCGACGGCGAUAAGUAUUCGGUUGAGGCCCUCGACGCGGAAGAUGGGAUCGCGCCGUUUACGUUGCGCGGCGAGGUCAACGCGUCGGGGCAGGCGUGCACUAUUCGGCUCAAGAAGCGGUACCCCACACACGGCUUCGACUGGGAGGGCCUGGUGACACCCCUCGGCAUCUGCGGUGCUUACUUUCCUGUCGGAAUUCAGCGUACGGGGCCGCUCGGGUUUUUCUGGCUCUGGAGGCGGGACUGGAUGAAUGAUACGGUCUGAAGGCUUCGCGCCGUCUACGUUUUUCGUAUCUUCUUGACGACUUUGGACGCGCUAACGAGUUUUCACGUGUACUCGCAACCAUCUUUCAAGCAUGAGGACAGGAGUUCAUGAAGGGUGGCUUGAUGUGAUGAUAGGCGUUCUCCGGCAUAGAUGGCAUAUUAGCUGCUGUUUUUAUUUUCUAUAUUCUUUAUUUUUUUAUAUGAUCCUCUCCAUGGCCUACUAAUUAGAAAGGUGCCGACAAAUUUUGGACAAUUCUGUUACCACGUAUUGUUGCAUACGUCAAUCAUGCAAGUAGCUGGUACUUAGAUGAGACGAAAGCUUGAGAGAUCUCUCGCCUCAUGAAGACAUUCCCGCUGUAUACCUCUUCCGUUAAGUACCUGAUCUAUACCUGUACAUCUACCUAGAGGUACCUAUAUAUAAGUGCCUCUGCCUGAGGCUUCUUAGAGGGGUCUGGUACCUG